UCUCUCUCUCAAUUUUGUUUUCUAAUAUGAGUUUGUGAAUUUCAUGUGUUUGUUAAAUCUCGUUAGUUCUUAAUAGAUUCUUAAGAGAAAUAAAAAUGAGUAUUGAUGCAAAGGACAUUCAAAUUAUUGUGGGAAGAACUCUUAAAUUUUCCACGAAUGUAUGCUGUAGAUUUGUACAGAAUCAUCCAUUUGUUUCCGGUGUAUUGUUAUUCUCGUUUGUUCUCUACUUUUUUAUUCCUAAAAUUCUCCUUUUCUUGCUUUACUCUUUCCCAUUUCUUGCCUGCACUGCUGUUUUUAUCCGAUUUUAUUUUCACUCGCAACAUUCGAAAACCAACAAUGAAGUGAAGAAUGAGACUAAGGAUCGUGCAAAUCAAACAGCUGAUCUGUUUUCCAGUAGAAAUGACAAGACUUCUAUACAAUCUUCAAAAAUUCCUGAUGGUGAUUCAAUUGGUGGAGCUGUCCUGAAUGAAUUAAAACCAAGAGAAAUUACAGAAAAGGAUCAUGGGAAGGGAAUGUCACGCAAUGUCUCUAUUGGUGAAACUAUUGCAGCAUUGGGUGAAGCGUCAAAUUCUGAUCUUACAUCCUUGGAUGGCUUGGAAGAGCAGGCUGCAAAAUAUGAUGGUGGUGGCGACACUGAAUUGGAAAACUCAAGUUCUGAAGAGGACGAUGAAGGACAGACACAAGGAGGCACGAAUAAGGCUGUGGAAUGGACUGAAGUUGAUCAAAAGAAUCUUAUGGAUCUUGGAUUAUCUGAGCUAGAAAGAAACAAGAGACUAGAAAGCCUAAUUGCAAGGCGAAAUGUAAGAAAGUUGUUCAAAAUGCAGACACAGAAAAUUCUUAUCAAUGUGAACUUUGAUAGUCCAAUUCCAGUGGCUCCAGUAUUAGUUACAAGAGGCAAUCCUUUUGAUGUUGCUAAUAACCCAGAUGAGCAAGUUCCUGGUUCAGCCCCUUCUGUCUUGUUGCCAACUCGGAACCCAUUCGACCUUCCAUAUGAUCCCCUUGAGGAAAAACCCGAUCUCACGGCAGACAGUUUCCAGCAAGAAUUCAAGGCACCUCACCAGAAAGAUUUUCUCUUCUGCAGGCAUCAGAGCUUCAUUCUGGGACCGUCUUUUCCACUGGAAGCCAAACUCAAUGGGUAUGGUAUUGCAGGAAACAACAGGCUAAGAAGGCAGCAAGAUAAUGGAAAUCAAGGCUGGCUAGUAGAUAAUUUAUCAAACCAAAAUGGAGAACCAUUGCGCCGUAGUGUAAGUGUCACUGAUCUUGUGACAGGAGAAGAAGAAGAAGAAGGUGAAUCGUCCAACCGGGUUAGAAACCACUCUGAUGAGGAAGAGAAAGCAGACCACAGUGAAAUGGAGAUAGAAGAAACUAAAAAUGAGUCAAGCUCUUCAUCGUUACCAGAAGAGAGAACACGAAUCACCAAACCAAACAAACUUGAAGUUCUACCAACUGUUUUUAGAUUUCCUGAGAUGGCGUCUAGUCCUUCACCAAGUUCAGGUUUCUGUCCAAUUCCUAGGGCCAGAACUGUAAAUGAACUCACCUACGAAGACAGCCCCUCUACAAUUGACAGAUCAAGAUUGGAAAACCAUUUACUUUACACACAUACCAGGCCUUUGCAUACCCCUACCCAUUCCAUAGCUUCUGACAUGCAAGUUGAGGUCUCAGAAAUUGGUUCUCCUCCACUUACAGGAGAUGGAUCUGCUUCAUCUAUUGAUGGAGAUUCCUUGACAUAUGAUGGAGACAUAGAGAAGGAAAUUACUUCUGGCAGUGAUGAAAUGUGGGGAGCCUCACCUUAUGCGCCCAAAGUUGAAGAACAUGAAAUGGAAUUUGGAGAAGUCAAUGAAGUAACUAGGGAGGAUACUGCAGGAGGCUUUCCAGGUUUUCACAAGGAACCUCAGGAUCCAGGCUUUUCUGGUUUUCACAGGGAACCUCGGGAUCCAGUUUCAUCACCUUCAAGAAUAAAUAUACAGAUGCUAAACGAGGGAUCAUCGAAUCCUCCUGAGAAGUUUGUGGAGGAGAUGAACAUUAGUUAUGAUUCGGAUGUUCCAGUACAUGAAUUUGAUGAUUCGGAAGUAACAAAUUCAGUUGAAGACAAGGAAGAUGAAGGUGAAGCUGAAAAGUGCAGGACAUCAGAAGUCAGAAAACCAGGUGAAGAAAUUGAUUCAGAAUCUAGCAAACAGUCAGAAAGAAACUCGUUGAAUACUCUUGAGCAGUCUGCAAAAGAGUUGAAUGUUGCCUGUAGUAUGGAUGAUCCAGUAGUUCACAUGAAUAGUGGUGCAGUUGAAAAUAAAGUUGAUGAUUCUGUAGCCCAUAUAAAUAUCUCUAAGAUAGACAGGAGAUCAAGUGAAGAUAGGGAUAGAAUUGAAAAAAAAAUUGAGCAAGAAAUUUUAGUCGAAUUGGCAAAACGAGCUGAGGAAAGUACAUCAGAAAUUGACAAGUAUACUGAAAGCAAUUCUGGUAAGCCUCCUGCUAACCAAACUAUCACCGAGUCUUCAAAGCAAAUCACAGAAGAUGGUAAAGAGGAGCGAAAUGCCACAGAAGUUCCAGUUUCCGGUGUAAACCAGAGUUCUAAUGCUUCCUCUACGUCAGGGAUACAGACAGAAAUGACUGUUGAAGAAAUUUCUAGCCCUUCAACUUCAUCUUCAUCUCCAAAGUCCGUUCUACCAGACGGAAGCACAUCAGAUCAAACAUCAUCAGAUCGCAAUCAACACAUGCACAUAGCUGCUCCAGAAUCUGAUACGGAGGGGAGGAUAGUGAGGAAUAAGUCGCUGGAUGAACAAGCACUUGAAAAUUUAGCUCACACUGCACCUCAAGGUGGACAUCAUGUAACAGAUCAUCCAUCUAUUGACAGCAAGUCGGAAAAAUCUGAGGAAUUGAAAAAUCCUCCAAGGGAAUUUACACAAAAUGCUAAUGGCAACUCAGGAUACCAAGAUUUGACAGAACAAAGAACUGCUGCCAACCCACUAGAGCCUGGCAUCCCUGUCACUAUUGGAGGAAGAGAGGCUCUUUUGCAGAAUUCUAGAUCUAUUAACAAUGCAGUAGCGGAAGACAUAACAAGCAAGGAGAGGCAUGAGCUUGUUACAGGAGGUGAAGGUGAAUCCCAAAGAUUAGAUGAAAAAGUAGAUAUUACAGAACGAUCAAAUGCCAUGGAGGAUCCUCUUUCAGGAUCUGGCUGGGGACAAAACUGAGCUGGAUAAAUAAAAUUAAUAUACCAUGCUAUUAUCAUUGCUGAGGCAAAUGGUGAACACACUGAGGCACCAUGCAAGUAGGUGGACACACUGCGGCACCAUGAGAUGGUAUGUAACUACGUAAGAAUCGGCAAGCAUCAGAUCCAGUAGAUGACCAGUAUCUAGUUAACAGGAGCAGAAAAACUGAAGUUUUAGCAUUACCAAUUAUGUUUGCGGAUGAAAUUAUAGCUAUUUUAUAUUUCUCAGUGUAACAACUUCUUUAUAGGUACUUAGUCAUUACUGUGAGCUUUACCAUCACUACAAUGAUCAGCUGAUGGAGAAAUUCAAAGUUGGAAACAUUAAAAAUUAC